GUCUUUGGUGCGUGGUAUGGUAUGACCAGGGAAGUGUUAUAGACACUUCCCUGGUAUGACGACCACUCACGUAUGUAUAUGUACGUCCGUGUUCGUUCGAUCGUGUACGUAGCUAGCUAGCUGUAGGUGUUUAGACAAUGCGGGUUCGGUUCGCAGGUUGAUGGUCAACAACUCAAAUGUAAACAUUGAUUAGUUUCGCUUGAUCUUCUCAAAAUUUAACGAAUUUGUUGGAGUUCGUUUGUAUGAUGGUCAGACUAUUCCACGAUGUUGGGGAACUGUUGGAAAAACGCAAGCUGGAAAGUCUUAAAAACAGGAUGGCAAUCUUUUCAAAGAAAUGAAAAUGCGAUCAGCAGUGUUGCACGUUUUCGUCCCUUCCGAUGUGGAGCCGUUAACGACGCCACCUCCACUCGCUGCAGCUCCGGCACUGCUGGGAGCCUGGGCGGCGUGCAUGUAGCAAGUGUGGCCACUUGCAGCGGAUGUUUGCCUGGUCGGGACUUCAUAAAUGAAGAUGGCAAGGGCAUCAUUGCAAGGAGGAGGUUCUCUAGUUCUAUGCAAGUGUGCAGGAGAGAUUGUGGUUUGGCAGAUGAACAGGAAAAGAUUGAAAGACAUUUAAACAACCCUCUCGGCAAAUAUCUGGAACGAACUGGUGAUGAAUUUUCAGAAAAGACCUUGGAAGAAAUGACAAGAGAACAAAAGAGAAAGAUAGCUUCUUUAAAGCGAGCGAGAGCAGCGAGAGAAUUCAGACAAGGACCGGAGAGGCGGACCUUAUCCUGGGACACCAUCCAGCAGAUCCACUAUCUGAGACAAGAGAACCCUGAGGAUUGGUCAGUGGCCUCACUGUCACAGAGCUUCAACGUUUCUGAAGAAGUCAUCGCCAAGGUCCUGAAAAGCAAGUUCAGGCCUGGCGCAAAGACCAGGCGGAAGCAAGACCUGGCUGCAGCGAAGACAACAGGCUAUGUGACCGGUGGGACUAACCUGACACAGGCACCAGCCCUUGUGGCAAGGGAGGAUGCUAAAGAAUCAAGCGAUAUCAAUGAAGGAAGAGAAAAUAAGCAUGCACAAAACACACAUGCUGUUGGACACAACAAAGAAUUGAGAAAUACGCAUCGUAAAUCAGCUGUGUUUGAAAAUAAUCAGUCACAGGGAAGUGCAGAGAAUUAUAGAAUGAAGAUUAAAAAACACUGGGAUGCCGUUCCACCUCACACUCUGGAUAAGAGGCAGGAAAAUGAUGAAAAUCCAAUCAAUCCUGAAGUGGAGUAUUCAUUUGGCUAUAUUGAUUUUGAGAACGUAGACAGCUUAAUUGAACAAACGGAAGUCAAACUGAAACCUCAAGUCAUCAAGAAGGGCAGAAACUUCUACAAUGAACACGGGGAGUUCUUGUAUCGCAUUUAGCAUGAUUCACAGGGUGCACUUUGUACCAGCUUGAACCUCUGUGCUUGUUAUUCCAAACAAAUCAAAUUUGCUGGAGAGUUGACCUUUCUUGGAGUUCAUUCAAGGAAAUUGUAAACGAAAAGGGUCUAUUAAACAUAAUGGCCCAUAUUUCCAAAAGAGAUUUCAAUUGUACCAUGACACAAAAACCAUGGACUAUGCAGAUUUGUGUAUCUAAUUAUGGUUGGUUAUUUCAUUACUUACACUAAGAAAAGUGCAAUUAUAAAUGUGCGCCUUUUGCAAAGGGUGCCUAUUUGAUGCGGGGUAAUACAUGAACCUGCAUUUAUAAGCAAUGGCUUUGUAGACCAUUGAAACCUCUUGAGAAUAUUGUACGGGCCAAUGUAUAUAGUGAGAUUGUCCUGGAGAAAAAAACAUGAAAAAAGCAAUCCUAUUCUGUUUUUGGACCAGUAACCAGCAGAAAAGUUCUUUGAACAAUAGAGACAUUGUGAUCAGUCGAGGUACAUGAUUACAUUGUGCAUCGUGGGGUCAAGUAAAAUGUGUUAUAAAAUGAAUUUUUAAUGAAUGAAAUUGGCAUCUCUUGUGUCAUAGAAGGCAAUUUUCUUUACCUUUCUGUCACGAAAGGUCUAACAUACAGUUGCAUGUCCCACCUAGUUAAAAAUAUCAGCAAUAAAUGUACUUGUAAAUAAACGAUUAAGUGAAUAAUCAUUCAUAUAUUUAUGUGAUAUCACCAUUAUAUUGUUACAAAUGGCCUAACAGUUUGUUGUUCUUCUAUACUUCAUUUUCUCUUGUAAAAAAAACCUUGCAGUGGUGAAUUAAAAUUUGUAUACAACUUGUAUUUUAUUGUGUAAUCAAUUUAUUCAUGUAAAAUAAAAAAAAUGAAGGAGAAAAAACAAGCUGUAUAAUUAUGCUCUUACCACCAAAGUUGCAAAGGUUGCGGACAGGACCAGUUUACAAGGAAUGAGUUGGCGAUAUUAAGGUAGACCAAAGUGUAUAGAGUAUUGAUUUGAUAAUUGAAUGUAAAAUAUGACGAACUCAUUUAUACAUUACAGGGUGCUACAUAACUUUUUAAAACCACUUGUCCGGUCGGGCAAGUACAUUUUUAAAUAGUUGGAAUAUACUUGCCCAAAAAUAAAUUUCACUUUCAGUUUUACCUCUCUUUUGACAUGAACUGAUGUACCUUGUUAUUGCAUUUCUUUGUCCAUAGUGAUUUUAUCUUGCCUGCCAUGACCAAAAUUAGGGUCAAUAUCAUAUCAUAUUUACCCUAAUUUUGGUCAUUCUACUGUGAGAAUUUUGCUUGCCCAAUUCGGGCAAGUAGUUUUGGUCUUUACUUCAAAACACUUGCCCGACUCUAACUUUUUCUUACCCCGGGCAAUCGGGCAAGUGCUUAUGUAGCACCCUGCAUUAUGACAAUGUUGAAGGUACAUGUACACAUAGUUCAAAUUAUGAUCACUUUAAACUUGAUAGUCUGAGAGCUUAAUGAUGAACAAUGUGAAGAGUGAGACGAGCAGACCGAGAGAGAGAUAAAGGGGGAGAAGAGAGAGAGAUUAACUCUAUUCACAUUGAUCUUCCACCAGAGGAGAUUUUCCUUUGCCUCAGAUAAUUUUCCCUGUAUCCUCCCAUGAGAAGGCUCAACUUAUCCCGGGGAAGUAGUUAACGUAUUAAUUUAUUACUGAUAAUUACUAAUUUAUAAUCCUGUUCCUUUGUAAAGUUGCAUUAGUGUAAUUUGUA